GUCUUUGCUUGUUGGUUGGCGUUUUCACUGUUCUUCUGUUUCGUACACGCGUGUGGACAUGUCCAAAGCAAAACAAAAGCGAGCGAAACGACUGGGUUUUUGUGGCAAGAAGGUUAAAGACGGGCAACAGACCAACGUGCAAGGAGGAAGGAAAGAUCCGGGUUUACCCAAUGUCCGUGCCUUUAAAGAGCACAGCCAGAAACAGGCUGAACUCAGAAAACAGAGGCUUGAAGAGCAACAGGAGCGGCAACGUGUGUCCCGACAGAGGGAUCUCAUGAAGAGGAGAAGUCUUGAUAGCUUCCAGAAAGACAUCCAGCAGCGCCAGAAAGAGUUUGAACAAAGGGAAAUGGAAAUGCAAAAUUUGGAGAAGCAUGUCAAUUUUGAAAAUGAGAAUUCAAGGAAAGCAUACUACAGAGAAUUUAAAAAAGUGAUUGAAGCUGCAGACGUUAUUUUGGAGGUUUUGGAUGCUAGAGACCCUUUAGGCUGUCGGUGUCCACAGGUUGAGCAGGCCGUAGUCCAGAGUGGAACGAACAAGAAAAUUAUUCUUGUUCUUAACAAAAUUGACUUGGUGUCUAAGGACAUUGUGGAGAAAUGGAUCAAGUACCUUCGCAAUGAAUUCCCCACUGUAGCCUUCAAAGCUUCUACCCAACAGCAGAACAGGAACUUGAAACGCAGCCACGUGCCUGUGGUCCAAGCCACUCCCGAGCUACUGGGCAGCAGUGCGUGUGUGGGGGCCGACUGCCUCAUGAAGCUGCUAGGAAACUACUGCCGUAACCAGGACAUCAAGACUGCCAUAUCGGUCGGCGUGGUCGGGUUCCCUAAUGUUGGAAAAAGCAGUUUGAUUAACAGUUUGAAGCGGACACGAGCGUGCAGUGUAGGAGCUACCCCUGGUGUAACAAAGUGUCUCCAAGAGGUUCAUUUAGACAAACACAUCAAACUUUUGGAUUGUCCUGGUAUUGUCAUGGCAACAUCAACCAGCGAUGCUGCUAUGAUCCUUCGGAACUGUAUAAAGAUUGACCAACUAGUUGACCCAGUCCCAGCUGUUGAAGCCAUCUUAAAACGCUGCAGUAAAAAACAGAUCAUGGAGCAUUACGGCGUUCCAGAUUUCCACACUGCUCUUGAGUUCCUGGCCCUACUUGCCCGUCGCCAGGGCAAACUCAAGAAAGGGGGACUGCCUGACGGCAACAAGGCUGCCAAGAGUGUCCUCAUGGACUGGACAGGAGGGCGCAUCAGCUACUUCACACACCCUCCAGAAACACACACACUCCCCACACACGUCAGUGCCGAGAUCAUGGCCGAGAUGGGCAAAGAGUUUGACUGGGAGGAACUGGAGAAGGGCAACCAGGAGACAUUAGCUGAAUGUAACUCGGCAGAUAUCGAGAUAGGCUUCUGCAUGGCUGCGUCAGGAAUGACCCAGGCAGAUCAGGAAGAGCCAAAAGAGCUAGACAUGGAAGAGUUCUCCCAGGGGACAGAUUUCCAAGACACGGCAGAGGCUAUGGAUGCAGAAGAAGAUACUGAGUUUGGACCCAUGACUGUAGAGCUCAAGACAGCAAAAGCAAAACCCAGCAGUGAAGCCGAGAUGCUCGCUCCAAAGCCGGUGGAUUUGCGCGACAUCCUGACAGUUGACCCACUGCAACAAGGCCAGGCUCUUCUGGCUGCCAACAAGAAACGAAAGAAGCAGCAAAAGCGAGCAGACAAACUUGCCACCAAACUCUCUGAUUCCCUCACAUCAGCCAUGAAUUUUGCCUUUUUGGAUAGCUGAAAUUAGGAGAAAUGAAGCUGGAGUUGUCUUUGCAUUCUGUGCUAAUUAGACAUAUCUUAUGCAUGUAUAUUUAAAUAGCGCACAUUGUGUUAAAUGCCAAUAAAAACCUAUUACUGA